GGAAUAAUGGUACAAAUGUAAGGCCGUUUUCUUUGGUUGUAUAUUGAUUGGGAGUCAGUCCCAAGAUGGCAAGUCAGGUGAUCGGGCUGGUGGCGCUGUGCUCCCUCUUCCUCACAGUUUACUGUGGGGAAAUAAAUGUGGCAUACUCUCCUCCAACGGUGAGGUUUGGAUCAGCAAGUGUCUUGAGGGCCACUGAUCUUGAUGAUGUUUUGGCUGCCUCCCUUGGAUAUACUGCUGCCCAGUCAUCACCAUGGAAGGGCUUAACCAUCACUUCGCCAUUUGCUGCUCCAAAUGCGGCAGUAUUGUUAGAGAUACACAGUGGUGGCGCAAGUAUCAGGCAGGAAGGUUCAACAUAUGGAUUAAAAGAGGAUACAUCUAUUGAUGAAGUCUUCCAUAGACUCAAGAGUGUCUAUGGCUCUAGAGCUCAGAGACACACCCUUUUCAAACAUCUUACUGUUAUUGACAACUUGGAGGAUGAACGUGUUAGUCACUCUAUUCCUGCAUCAAAAAUAUUGAACAUCACUCAGGAACCCGAUGCAACUUUCCUUCGGGAGAUGGCUGCCCUCUAUAUUACCGCUCAAACUGCAGAGGCAAUAACAACUACACCACAUGGAGGCCAGGAUGUAAUUUUUCUGGAAGUGAACUCCCUAGCACAGCUGGUAAAGACUUACGGGCUCGGCUCUCCACAGGUGACUGAAGCAACUGACAUUCUGCGGGGUGAGCUGGUGAAAGUUACCGACUUGGUGCGUCACAUUUAUGAUGACCGCGUACUAGUCGUCACAGCCACAGUUGAGCAGCAAGACAAGCUUGCUCGCAAAACUAGGUCCAUCCUUCAGGCUAGCGAGGAUCCAAACCUGAACCUUGCUACUCAAUACUCGUCUGACUACCCAGCCAUCUUCAACAUCAUUCUGUGGCUGAGUAUUGUUUUAUCUAUCUCUGUGCUCGCCAUUUCUGUAGCAAUGGCAACUAUGGAUCCAGGACGUGAUUCCAUCAUCUAUCGUAUGACAAAUCCUCGCAUGAAAAAGGACAAUUAAUCAUGUAAAGUGCUGAUGUAAACUUGGCCACAUUUAGUUUUAGGUAACUUUUAAUUGGAAAUAAAUAACAAAAUAUCUUUCUAAUGUAGUUUAUCUUAAAGGUAAAAAAAAUAGGAAGAAAAUUUUGUAUAGGCCAUCUUUAAUUGGUGCAGAAUUUAUUACUAUAGUAAUACUAUAGCCAUAUUAAAUUUUUCCAGCAUUGUUACACUCAAGUGCUGUAUUCAAUAUCUUGAAAGAUAGCUUAAUAUGUUGUUUGAAUAAGUUACCGCAAUGCAGUAAUUACUCUGAUGGGUAAUGUUAACCAUUUAUGAUGUAGGAUUAGCAUAUUUAUGUUGGUCAUUCAGCGUCCAGAACACAAACUUAAUCACUGCUGAUGGAUAUUUAGUAUAAUUACUUUUUUGUUAGCUAAGAUAAUUGAUGUUAUAUGUAUGCCAAAAUGAAAAAAUAAUAAUUAUUUAUUAAAACUAUUGCAAGUUUGAUUUGUUUAUUUUUUAGUCUUUGAGGAUGCAUAAUUUUUAGAGUAUUUCAUCACUUAAUGCAGGUUAGUUAUUAGUAGUGUACCUACAAAUUUAUUGUCCGUAUUAAGAACUUUGUAUGUUAAUAUUUAUUACAUUCCAUGGGAACUUUGUAGAUAUUUAUGACAAAAAUUCUAUAGGCACAUUUAUCAUAACAUUUUUAAGAGUUACUCUGUAUAUUAUUAUCUGUAUAUAUUAUGCAAAGGGGUGGUAUAAAAUACUGAUGUAG